AUGGAGCCAGCUGCAGGUCCAGAGCUCCCCAGCCAAAUUACAUGCUUUGAGAUUCUCCCAAGGCUGCCGUCCAAGUCUCUCAUGCGCUUCAGAUGUGCAUGCAAGUCUUGGUCUUCUCUCACCCGCGACCCUUCCUUUGUCAGCGCCCAUCAAAACUUGGGAUGCAAAAAGAACACUCAUGACCUCCUCCUCACUGCCUGGGACAAACCCACAACGCAGCAGCACUUCUUCUCCUUGGAAAUCAACCGACAAGGAAGUCUCCAUCUUCUAAGCCUUCCAACGCCGCGAACCAAGAAUGAACAUCUCUACCAUGCGCAAAGCAUCAAUGGCUUGGUCUGUCUUUACCUUCAUAACACCUCAGUUCCCAAUCAAACCGAUCCUGAACACCCCAUUCCCGUAUUUAACCCCUCCACGCGAGAGUCUAUCACUCUUCCCCAUGCUUCACUUGCAUCACACACUGCCAAUGUUACACACCAUUUUGGGUUCAGCCCUUUUACAAAUGAGUAUAAGGUUCUCCAAUUGAAGAUAUUCAAAUUGGGGGCAAGUUCAUGGAGGUGCAUAGAGGUGGACCUUAAUAAUGAUCUCCUUUUUUAUAUUCAAAUUAAAAUUAGGGGUUUAGGGAUUCAGUUAAUGUCUAAUUUCUGA